GCGGGAGCGGGGGCCGCGCCGGCCUACAACUAAUGUCUCCCUUUGUGUCUCCCCAACUCCAUCUUCUCCCCUGGUGCGCCGGGCCCGGCGACCCCGCAGGAAGGCCUGGACGACGGCCCCGACUUCCUCUCGGAGGAGGACCGCGGACUUAAAGCAAUAAACGUAGAUCUUCAAAGUGAUGCUGCUCUGCAGGUGGACAUUUCUGAUGCUCUUAGUGAGAGAGAUAAAGUAAAAUUCACUGUUCAUACAAAGAGUUCAUUGCCAAAUUUUAAACAAAAUGAGUUUUCUGUUGUUCGACAACAUGAGGAAUUUAUCUGGCUUCAUGAUUCCUUCGUUGAAAAUGAAGACUAUGCGGGUUACAUUAUCCCACCAGCACCACCAAGACCUGAUUUUGAUGCUUCAAGGGAAAAACUGCAGAAGCUUGGAGAAGGAGAAGGGUCCAUGACAAAGGAAGAAUUCACAAAGAUGAAACAGGAACUGGAAGCGGGUUGGAUAACAGAGAACCUUGGGUUUAUUCUACUGCUACCUCCAUCCUCUGCAUCCUUCUUUUUUGUCUUCACUGAAUGACUACCCUCACAGAGAUCAAACUUCUCCCAACAUUGGUCCUGCUGGUUUGCUGUGAAUAUUUGGCAAUAUUCAAGAAGACUGUUGCAAUGCAUGAAGUGUUCCUAUGUCGUGUGGCAGCACAUCCUAUUUUGAGAAAAGAUUUAAAUUUUCAUGUCUUCUUGGAAUAUAAUCAAGAUCUGAGUGUGAGAGGAAAAAAUAAAAAAGAAAAACUUGAAGAUUUCUUUAAAAACAUGGUAAAAUCAGCAGAUGGAGUAAUUGUUUCAGGAGUAAAGGAUGUAGAUGAUUUCUUUGAGCAUGAACGAACAUUCCUUUUAGAAUAUCAUAACCGAGUUAAGGAUGCAUCUGCUAAAUCUGAUAGGAUGACAAGAUCCCACAAAAGUGCUGCAGAUGAUUACAAUAGAAUUGGUUCUUCAUUAUAUGCUUUAGGAACUCAGGAUUCUACAGAUAUAUGCAAGUUUUUUCUCAAAGUUUCAGAACUGUUUGAUAAAACAAGAAAAAUAGAAGCACGAGUGUCUGCUGAUGAGGACCUCAAACUUUCCGACCUUUUAAAAUAUUACUUAAGGGAAUCUCAAGCUGCUAAGGAUCUCCUCUAUCGAAGAUCUAGGUCACUAGUGGAUUAUGAAAAUGCUAAUAAAGCACUGGAUAAAGCAAGAGCGAAAAAUAAAGAUGUUCUGCAGGCUGAAACAUCCCAACAAUUAUGUUGUCAGAAAUUUGAAAAAAUAUCUGAGUCUGCAAAACAAGAACUUAUAGAUUUUAAGACAAGAAGAGUUGCUGCAUUCAGGAAAAAUUUAGUGGAACUGGCAGAGUUAGAACUGAAGCAUGCAAAGGGUAACCUACAGUUGCUGCAGAACUGCUUGGCGGUGUUCAACGGAGACACAUAAGCCACACUCCACCUACAGUUAAAAAGGGCUGCCUUCCUUCAGAUUUUAUUUUUGUUUUCUUAAUGGUAUUAAGCAUUUACUGCUCACUGGAAACAAAAGAAACAGCCGUCAAAGUGCAUCUACUCUCCUUUUUUCCGAGAAACCACGGAGCGGCGCUGUCCCUGGGCUCUGCCAGCGUGCGUGGUGGGACGCCGCGCCCCCGCACCUGUGCGCCCCUUGUGGCCGUCGGCCCUCGCCGUGCGUGCCUCCUCUCCCGAAGCCCCAAGUUCAGGCUUGUUUUAAGUAGCCUCUGUAACUGUGUUUAUUUUAUGAAUAGUAUUCCUUCUGGCUGCCAGUCUUACUUUUAAGUACUCUCUGAAGUUUAACCCUUUUAAAAACACAUUGUUCAAACAAGAUAAAGAUUGCCCUUACCUUUUUUUGAAUUUUGUUUUUAAAAAACAUUGUAUACCACCUUAGUUCAUUCAUGUAUCCUGGUAAAGCAUCUUAAUCGGACUUAUUUUUAAUUAAUGAACAUUUCUUAGAAGUUUUGGGACAGAUUUUAUGUAAUCUUUGUAAGUAUGAUUUCUGAUGAAAAGCAAAUGCAUUAGUAUGUUUGCCUUAAACUUGUAGACUAAACCAACUAUUAUCAAAUAAAGUGAUAACAGUGAUAGUUUUUAACUCUGUGGUCAUUGUAUCACUCUAAAAUUUGGAGUAGCUAUAAUAAAUCUACUCCUUUAUUCUGCUUUACAGUGCAGGUCUUAGUUUUUCCUUUUUCUUUUUUUAAAUGGCAUAUUGAAUGAAGUUCACCAGUCCCUUUACAAAAGGAUGAACUGCUUCUCUGUGUGCUUUUAGCCUUUUAUAGAAGGUGGAAUUGAGCAGAGGCAAGUUAGAAACAGCCAUUUCUAAAACACAGGAGCAGACAGAACAGUCUGUUAUGGUUUCCUGAAUUCUAUCUCUAGCUCAGCCAAGGAACCGUGAGACGUGCCAUUGAGCCCACUUGAUCGUUAUACUAGUGUAUAAAUUGGUAUGUAGAGAGAAAGAGUAUAUAGGGAACAGCAUUUGUCGGUGGGGGAAAAAUUAGAAUAUUUGGACUAAAAAGGGUACAAAAAGGAUACUAAUUGUCAGUAGUCAAUUCCAAAUAUUACUGGUCUUUUUAAUGUAAAUUAACAUCAGGUCAUUUCUAAUUUAAAAUUAGGUUGUGUGGUUUGAUUUUUUUCACUAACUUCUCUUCCAGUUGGAAACCACAAGCAUUUGGGUUGGUCACCCCUCGUUUAAAUUUUCCCAAACCCUGGUUUAGGUCUUAAGGGUAGUCACCAUGAUUCCGGCCUUGCAUGUUCUCUUGCCUUACUGGUGUGCUGGUUAAUGUUCUUUCACUGAUGUUGUUCCCUGAUGCCAUUCGAACUUGAUUUUUCUGUUGCCUGAGAAAUCUCUGUGUUUUGUCCUCCUUCAUGUCUCCUUCCCUGGUGAAAAUAUGCCCGUGCGAUGCUCUCCAGUGGGUGAACAUGGGCCAGAGAGCCCUAGCUUCUGGAUUCUGGUGCAGUCCCUUCGCUGGCUGCCCUUGUGGCCUCAGGCAGGUUCGCUUGACCUCUCUCUGCCUCAGUUUCUCUACUACAAAGGACCUAUUGACCUACCUCACAGGGGUGUUGUGAGGAUUAAUAAACAUUGGUACAGUGCUUUGGAAA